AUGUCCUUGCCCAAGUCAUACAAGGCAUACGCAUUCACGGAGAAGUCGGGCCAGUUGAAGCCCGUCACCGUCGACUGGCACGACCCAGUGGACGGUGAAAUCGUCGUCAAAGUCCUCGCAUGUGGCGUUUGUGCUAGGUAUAGCCCCUUGUUUACUGCUGGACGAGUAAAAGCGCUGAACACAAUGUUCCUCCUGGGCAGCGAUGACAUUGUCAAGGAGCAAUUUUUGCCCACGGGCUUACCCCGCAUUCCCGGACACGAAAUCGUCGGCGACGUCGUAGCAGUGCCGCCCACCGAGAAGGUGUGGAAGGUCGGGCAGCGUGUCGGCUCAGGGUGGCAUGGCGGUCACUGCAGCACCUGCUCCCGCUGCCGCUCUGGCGACUACGUCACCUGCGAGAAGCAACAGGUCAAUGGUGUCUUCACAGACGGAGGAUUCGCUGAGUACGUGACCCUCAGGACAGAGGCCGUUGCCAGUGUUCCAGAGGAGCUUGACCCCGCUGAGGCCGCCCCACUCUUCUGUGCGGGUGUCACCACGUUCAACUCUUUGCGGCAUAUGAGCGCCCUUCCACCCGACGUCGUCGCUGUUCAAGGAAUCGGAGGAUUGGGGCAUCUCGCCAUCCAGAUGGCUCAUGCCAUGGGCUACCGCGUCAUCGCCCUCUCUUCCUCCGACUCGAAGCGCCAGCUCGCGCUCGAAUUGGGCGCACACGAGUACAUCGACGGGUCAAAGGUCAACCAGACCGAGGCGCUUCUGCAGCGCGGAGGGGCUAAGCUCAUCAUAUGCACGGCUCCGAACCCGCCUGUCAUCGAGAGCCUUGUGCCCGCUCUCGCUGUCAAUGGUGAACUCUUGAGCUUGGCGAUUGUACCUAGUGCCAACGUUCCUCUGGCCCUCAUGGUCAGCAAGCGUCUCUCGAUUCGCGGAUGGCCCAGUGGGACGGCGAAGGACAGCCAGGACUGCUUGGAGUUUGCUGUGACCAACGGCAUCAAAUGCAUGGUGGAGAAGUUCCCGCUUGAUAAGGCUCAGGAAGCGUACGACCGUCGUGGAUCAGCAAGGUUCAGGGCUGUCAUUGUUCCUUGA